AUGUAUAUGAUUACAAUCAUAAUAAUAACUAUUCUUAUUCCAAGUGUACAAUUAGUUCGACCAACAUUAAAAUUAACAUUUAUUCCUGAUGAAAAAUAUAUGCCACUUCAUCAACAAGUUGAAAUAAAAUGUGAAGUACUUAAUCCAAAUGAUCAUACGGAUGCUCCUCAAUUAUGGUAUGUUGAUUUAACAACUGGUAAACAUACAGUAAUAUCACGUUCAUUAUUAUCAACACCACCUGAUGAUUCACCAGCUGUUUUUAAAAAUAAUAAAAAUCAACGUUAUCUAUGGGCAGGUAAACAUCAUCUACGUAUACGAAGUUUACAACCUGAAGAUUCAGCUAAAUAUGAAUGUAAUUGUCCUGAUUGUGAAGAACAAUUAGAAAGUCAAAGUCGAAAUUUAGAUGUUAUGAAAUUAUCUGCUCCAACAUGGAUUAUUGAACCAGGUUGGCCAUUACAUGAAAAUACAAAAACUAUAAUAAGAUGUCAAGUUGAGAAUUUUUAUCCAUAUGUUCAACAUAAAAUUCUUCGUAAUCAUCAAGAAAUAACAAAAGAAGGAAGAAGUUCAUUAUCAAAUAAUAAUGCAUAUCCACAAAAAUUUGUUUGGGAAGCAACUAUAACACCUUCAGCUGAUUGGCAUAAUUCAACAAUAUAUUGUAAUGUUAUGGAAGGUAGUUCUGAACAACAAUCAAGUAAAGUUUUAGAAGUUUUAUUUGCUCCACGUUUUCUUAAAUGUGAUGAAAGUCAAUAUGUUGAUUCAAAAAAAAAUCAUUCAACUAUUGAAUGUUCAUUUAGUGGAAAUCCUCAACCAGCAUUAAUAUGGCUUCGUUCAAUCGAUAAAAAACCAUUUUUAUCCGAUAAUGGUAUAACAAUUGAAAUAAAAAAUGAAUCUUAUGGAAAAUAUAAAAGUAUUAUUACACUUGAUAGAAAUAAAUUAAUGUCUAUACCAAUAACAAUGAAAAUAAAUGGACAACAAAAUAAAACUGAAGAAAAUUAUUAUCAACAAUUACUUACUGAUGGUUUUAUUGCACAAUUGAAUGUUAAUGGAAAUGAUAAAGAUAAACGAGUUAUUCAUAUUGUACGUGAUGCUAAUCAAAUAAGAUCACUUUCAUCAAAUAAUUCAACGAUAAUUUCAUUUUCGUCUAUGUUAUUAUCAUUUUUAUUAAUCUUAUAUAUUAAUCAACGUUAA